UUGUAAUAUUCAACAUCUCUAUAUUCUCUCGUUCUUAAAACAUGCAAACUACCAUUGAAUUCAUUUUAUUUUAUUAUUUUGGGUGUCUAUAUUUCCUCUUUGGUUUAAUGUUAGUUUUACAUCACUUGCAUAGAAGAUGGUCCAGUAUCUACUUUAAAUUUGAUCUAGUUGUAUAAAGUUUGAUUGUUAUACGCAAAAUAUGAGAAUUAAAAAAGCACUUUCCUUAUCUUUCCUUUAUUUUCCAUUUUGAAAUGAAACGCAGGGAUAUGUGAAAUCAAAACUAAUCAGAUUAACUUUUUGGUACAGAAGCAGACUUAGAUUGAAAAGGAAAGUGUAAAAACUAAGGAAAGAAAACAAGGUGGGAGAGCAUCUUGAGUGCAGUGUAUCUUUGUCAAUAACAAACCGUAGGUUAACACCUAGUCCUUCUGACCACAAUCCUGAAAUCAUUAAAUAGGGUAAUGAAGUUUGCACUUAAGAAUGCUACUCUAUAACUUCCUCUUAAUUUGUAUAUUCAUAAUUACCCACAAAUUUUCCACCCCUAAGAGAUACGUUCUAAUGUUUUUAAUUUUGGUUUCAAAAAGAUGAGCAUUCAUGUUCAGGAUGCAAAGUUCAGAUAAGAUUGUCUAUGAAGAAUGAAAGUUGAAUAUUAUUGUGAAUGAAAACAAAACAGGUAUAAGUUGGGAUGAUAUUUAUAAAAUCUUUGGGCUUCUGCUGUUCGAAGCAUACGGGUUCAUCUCAACGACAGUAUCCAAUAGUGAUAGAGGAGCUAUGUCAACAAUUUUUGUUGGGCGAUCUUAGAAAAUCAACCAACAACUUUGAUGAAAACCGAAUAGUUGGAAGUGGAGACCUUGGUAUUGUAUAUAAGGGUUCUCUCCAACACAAUGGUGAAAGUACAGUUGCAAUCAUGCGAAUAUGUGGGAGCACAGAGAAAGAACUUAAGCAGUUCAAGAACGAAAUUGAGUUACUCUGCCAGCUUCGUCAUCCAAAUUUGGUCACUCUAAUUGGAUUUUAUGAUCACAAAGACGAGAAGAAUAUUGUAUAUGAGUACAUGACCAAUGGAUCUCUCCAUGAUCACCUAUAUUGUAGUGAUGUGAAAAUGGAACCACUAACAUGGAAGCAGAGGCUAAAGAUCUGCAUAGGAGCAGCACGUGGACUACACUAUCUUCACACAGGUGCCAAGCGAACCAUCUUUCAUCGUGACAUAACACCUUAUAAAAUUCUUUUGGAUAGCAACAUGGCGGCCAAACUCUCAGACUUGCGAGUACUAACUCGGAUAUCUCUAAAAUUUAAGAUUAUCUAA